CCAGCGGACUUUUAAUAGGAGGACAGGAAGUGUGUGUUGAUGAAACGGUGAGACUGUUAGCCGCCAUUAUGGCGCUUCAAGUGAAAACCAGAGCAAAACAGUACGAGAAACUGGACUUCCUUGGAGAGGGACAGUUCGCCACAGUGUAUAAAGCCAGAGACAAACUGACUGACACGAUAGUUGCAAUUAAGAAGAUUAAGGUCGGCCACAGAACGGAGGCCAAAGAUGGUAUAAACCGUACUGCUCUCAGAGAGAUCAAGUUGCUCCAGGAGCUGCAUCAUCCAAACAUCAUCGGGCUGUUGGAUGCCUUUGGACAUAAAUCAAACAUAAGCCUGGUGUUUGAUUUCAUGGAAACCGACCUGGAGGUCAUCAUCAAAGACACCAGCCUUGUCUUAACUCCAGCCAACAUUAAAGCGUACAUCCUGAUGACGCUACAAGGGUUGGAGUACAUGCACCGACACUGGGUCCUACACAGAGAUCUGAAGCCCAAUAAUCUGCUGUUAGACGGGAACGGAGUGUUGAAGUUGGCCGAUUUUGGUUUGGCCAAAGCUUUUGGCAGCCCAAACAGAGUCUACACACAUCAAGUUGUUACCAGGUGGUACCGCUCUCCUGAGCUCCUGUUUGGUGCCAGGAUGUACGGUGUGGGAGUUGACAUGUGGGCUGUGGGAUGCAUCCUGGCCGAGUUACUUCUUCGGAUACCAUUUCUUGCUGGAGACUCCGAUCUUGACCAACUGACCAAAAUCUUUGAAGCUCUCGGGACUCCCACAGAAGAAACCUGGCCUGGAAUGACUAGCCUACCAGAUUAUGUGUCCUUCAAGAUAUUUCCUGGCACCCCUCUGGAGCACAUAUUUAGUGCGGCUGAAGACGAUUUACUUGAGCUCCUACAUGGCCUCUUUACCUUUAACCCAUCAACGAGGACCACAGCUACACAGGCUCUAAAGAUGAAGUACUUCAGUAAUCGCCCGGGCCCAACUCCAGGCCCCCAACUACCCCGACCAAACUGCUCAGCAGGGGCCUUGAGGGAGAAGGAAAUAGUUGGACUCAAAAGAAAAAUAGAGGGCUUGGAUACAAGUAAUAAAUCUGUAAUGAAGAAGAAGCUCAUUUUCUGACCAGAUGGGACCUGGUAAAUCAGAAGAAAUCCAUUUCUCUCAGAAUGCGGGAAUCUCCACUGGAAUCAAAUAAAAAUCCAGAUUGAGCUGCGACUGACUUUAGGACUUUUUAGGAGCUCUAGUAUUUAUAUGGGCAAUGCGCCCUUGAGUUAGCUCAAGAUAUCCUGUGUGCUGCUGGACUCAGACUGAAGAUGGUUCUUCACUGCUACUUCAACUCUGGACAUCCAUUGGAAUAUUUGUAUUUGUAGCUUAAAAAAAACACAAGUCUUGUUCAUUUGGUGAAAGUUGUAUUUUUUUUAUCUAUUACCAAUAAAUGGUGUGAAUGGAUAUCUGA